CAGUGUCAUCAAAUAACAGAUAAUUUUGUAGUUUUUUAUAUUUAUGAUUAAAUUACAAUGUCCAAAAUGUUAAAACCCAAAGCCUUAACUCAAGUAUUAAGCCAAACCAAUACUGGUGGUGUGGAAACAACAUUGUUACUGAAUUCAGAAGGCUCCCUUUUAGCAUACAGUGGUUACGGAGAUAAAGACCCCAGAGUAACUGCAGCAAUAGCAAGCAAUAUUUGGAGUGCCUAUGAGAGAAAUGGUCGAAAUGUUUUUCGAGAGGACCAUCCACAGAUAAUCCUUAUGGAAUGCCAAGAAGGUCGUAUAGCCAUAACAAAAGUAGCCAAUUUACUGCUCUGUCUUUAUGCAAAUGGUGAGGUUGGCUUUGGUAUGUUAAAACAGAAAGCAACAGCUUUGGCAUUGUAUUUAGAAGGACCAUUGAAGCAGAUGCUCUGGCAUUGUUGUGUACCUGGUUGCAAAACCAAUUAUGCCGUGACUUUCAAAACGAAACAGGCAGAAAGUACGUUUUUGUUUCCCAAAGAUCCCCAAAGAAGGUAUACUGGGUUAUGCUCUAUUCAUAGAGAAGGCUGUACAAUUACCAAAUCUUCCGUAGUAUGUGCCAAACAUUUUCAUGAAGAUGAUAUUCAGCGCACUGAACAAUGAGAAGAUAAAGAUGGAAAUGUACACAUUGAAAAGUUAAUAUUUCCCAAAUUAAAAGGCAAUGCAGUUCCUAAUAUAUUUCCUGAAGUACCAUCAUAUGUAACUGUUCAUCGUACUAAAGAAAGAAGGAAUCCUGAAGACGGAAGAAACUUUUUGCAUAAGAAGAGGGAACAAGAGAUAACAUAAUUAUGUC